AUUAAAACGUCCCUAAUCCUAACUUUUGAAAAUGAAACCCUACUUCCCCUAGCCCUUAGCAGCCACACCCCAACCCUUCUUCCUUGCCUCAGCAGCAACGCAUACAAGAUUUCCUUUUAUGAAAGAAAGAAAAACAGAAAGCAAGGGGGGAAAACUGGGAAAGGGACUGCCGAUCUGAGAAGAGAGGAAGGACGGCGCCAGCGGGCGUCACUGCCGCCGCGCCGCCGUGUUGCACCAGGGAGGAUGAGAGAGCGAGGAACGGACAAGAGAGGGAGAGGGUCGCGCCGCCAUGGUUGUCCAGGGAGAACGCCGGGGAAGGAGAUGUUGCUGCGCUGCCCGGAACCGCGUCCAACUCGCCGCCGUUCAGGCUCCAGUUGCCGUCACCAUCGUGCAGUCGCCGCCGCGAAAUAGCCUCGCAUCCGCCGCCGUCUUCGCGGGGUUUGCGUGACCUCGGUCGCUCCUCGCCGUGGAGCCCGUGUCGUCGCCGUUCAGCUCUGCCGCCGCCGUCGCUUGCUCCUUUGCCGUUGAAGGUGGUCAGUCGCCGAUCGGGUCUGGGGGAGAGCAAACGCGACAGCCAGAGAGAAAAGCAACGCUGCUGCCAUCGCUGCUGUCACCGUGGUGGUCGCCGGCGCUAGGGUCGCCCCUGCCCCCACCGGGGCUCGCCGCUGCUGAUGAUGGUGAGCCAAGCUGCCGCGUCAGAAAAGGGGUUCAUGCCGCCGGAAUUCCUCUGCCGCCGCCGGAAUUUUUGUUGGAGCUUGUCACCGGAGAAGACAAGCUGCUGUGCCAUCCCUUCUCAUUCUGACAUUGAUUCUCCCGUUCAUAACGCUAUAUCCUUGUUUUGGUACUGCUGUGUUCUGUCGAGAGUGUCGAAAUUGUUGCUGCUAUUUCUGGGAUCCCAAAACGGAGAGGAGAGGAGGCGUUUAACCUUGUCGCGGUUGCUGCCACGGGAACAGGUCCUGGAAACUACUAACAGAGCAGGCUGAGUCACAGUGAUUCUGGCUGCCGAUGACGGUUCUGUGGCUGUCGGGACCACUGUUGAAGCUUCUGUUCUUGGGUUCAGUCAGUAUCCCUUAGUACAGAUUAAGUUAUCGGAGCCACAUGUUGCGCGUAAGGGUUGUAUUUGCUGCUGCGAAAGUGAACAAAGCUGUGAUGCAAGCUGCCGAUAACUUCGGGUUGAUAGAGACUUCCGGUGACGCGUUUGGGUUAUGGUUUGCGUUUUGAGGAUAUGGGCGCAGAAGUCACGAAGAGUUUAUUUAGUUGUUGAGAUGCUCUGUAUUGUUUUAGUUAUGGUUUAUUGAACCUUCGCCUUUAUCAUGAUAUAUUCUGUAUGAGGGAUAGCUUAUAUAGAUGAACUUGUACUAUUAUUGUUUGCAAAGUUGAUACAAACUUGAUAAUGAUUACAAAUAUUUGAAGAAUAUAUGAAGUAAGAAGAUAUAAGAGUAGAGAGGUUUCUUGAGCUUUCAAGUAUUUGAUGCCCAUGAAUGAGUGAGGUCUUUGGUAUUUAUAGACCCCAAAUGAUUACUGUUUGGGUACUAUUUGCCGACAGUACUGUUUGCUUUUACUGUUUUGCCGACAUUUACUGUUUUGCCGACAGUUACUGUUUUGCUGACAGUUAUUGUUUGCUUUUACUGUUUGCCGACAUUUACUGUUUACUUUUUAUUUUUACUUUUUUACUUUUUUUUUAACAGAGAUCAUUUUUCUUUAUGAUUGGGCUUUUACAUUGAUUUCAUAUAUAGUUCUUACUACAUUUCAAAUAGACCUUGAGAGUCUUGAUAAUAAUGAGCUGGGCUGGACUGUGCCUCUUCGUCUUCUCCAAGAGGUACUGUUUGUAUUGCUUGUAGAGAGCUUUGGAUAUAUUCCUCUGAGGUUGUCGCUGCUAGGGCUGCCAUAAUUUGUCGUUUCUGCGCUAAGAAUUAGGUCUCUUUUUUAUAUGCUAUUUGUUCAUUGGUGGUUGAUCAAUGGUUAACAUCACAAAAGCGUCUAGCAAUAACAGCCUUAAGCACCACCAAUGAACAAAUAGCAUAUAAAAAAGAGACCUAAUUCUUAGCGCAGAAACGACAAAUUAUGGCAGCCCUAGCAGCGGCAACCUCAGAGGAAGAUAUCCAAAGCUCUCUACAAGCAAUACAAACAGUACCUCUUGGAGAAGACGAAGAGGUAGAGUCCAGCCCAGCUUAUUAUUAUCAAGACUCUCAAGAUCCAUUUGAAAUGUAAGAACUAUAUGAAAUCAAUGUAAAAGCCCAAUCAUAAAGAAAAAUGAUCUCUGUAAAAAAAAGUAAAAAAGUAAAAGUAAAUAAUAAAUGACGGCAAACAGUAAAAGCAAACAGUACUGUCGGCAAAUAGUACCCAAACAGUAAUCAUUUGGGGUCUAUAAAUACCAAAGGCCUCACUCAUUCAGGGGCAUCAAAUACUUGAAAGCUCAAGAAACCUCUCUACUCUUAUAUCUUCUUACUUCAUAUAUUCUUCAAAUAUUUGUAAUCAUUAUCAAAUUUGUAUCAACUUUGCAAGCAAUAAUAGUACAAGUUCAUCCCUGUAAGCUUAUUAUCUUAUGUUUUCUUUUCUUAUAAUUUCUUUAUUCUCUUAGUUAUUAUUUCUAUUUUUAUAACAUGAAAGAAUUUCAAAAAAGACUAACUUCUUUAAAACUUGUUAGAAGAAAAAUGAAAAUAAGAGUGAUGGCAAUAAGAAGCAAAGUAAGAAUUAAUAACUGAAUCUUCAGAACUAACAGUAGAAAUAGCGAAGAUAAACAAGAAAAUAAUAAAUGCCAAAAAGUUGCUACAACAGAUUAAAACCAUAAAAUUAGUAAAAAUCGUUAAGGAGAGUAUUAAGAAUAAACACAUUCAUCAUGUUAGAAGAAUGAAUUAUUUUCAUGUGCAAAAUAUGAUACGAUUUUAUGAUAUACAAUCAAGAAUACAAGCCCUUAGAUCUUUACAAAUGGAUUUUGAACCUUUACAAGAUCCUUCUUUACAACUACAAGCUCAAUCCAUACAAGCGCAACCUUUACAAGUGGUAUCAGAGCUAAGGGGAAGGUAUUUGAUAACAUUUAUAAAGUAUUAUUUUUUCGAGUUUUUACUACAAAUCUGUUCUAUAAACUAAAGUUUUAUAGUUAAAACUUUGAAGUAGCAGUGAGAACUGUUAAUACGUUGGUCGGCCCAAAUCGUAGUCCCGGUUGUAAGUCCUAACUAAGGCAGUGAAUCUGUUGGUUAACGGGGGUGGUCUCGUAACUCACAAAGUUCUAACCAUAAAAUGGCUAGUUUGUUGAGAACGAUGAGUAGUUUAAAUCUAGAAAAAAAUAAUCCUUUAGUAAUAAAAACAGUUAAUGAUGAAGCAUCCACCUCUGGAACUAAAAAUGAAUUAGAAAUAGCUAAGUUAGAAGAAAGUUUUUAUAAUUGGAAUAUACCUAUAAUAGAUAAAGAUAAAGUAUAUAAAAAGAGAAAUUUCUAGGAAGGAAGAAAUUAUGAAAUUCAUAUGUUAGAAUAUUGUAAACCAGGAACAAGUAGUAAUAAGAUUAUUACCAUCUUAGAAGAAGAUAAGUUAAAAGAAUAUAGCAGUAAAUGAUAUAACUUCAUCCAUAUAGGAUUAAUACAAGUAGCUAUAAAACUUAAUUUUAGAAUAGGAAUUAAUCUGCCUAUAUUAUUAACCUUAAGAGAUACUAAAUUCUAAAAUUUUAGUGACUCAUUAAUAGGAAUAUUAGAAAGUAACUGUCAUGAUGGACCAUUUUUUUUAAUUGUUACCCAAAUUAUGCUAUGAAUUUAAAAAAUGAAUACACAUUGCAAGCCUUAAAAUUGCAAGUAAGAUCUGAUGAGACAAUUAUAAAUGAGAAAUAUGAUCCAUUCGAAAUAAUCUAUAGAAUAUAUUAUAAAAUUACUAAGGUUAAUUAUGACUUUAAAGCAUUAAGAUAAUCCCCAAAAGAAGAAACGAUAAUUAUGCAUGCAAAUCUUAAAAGAUCUAAUAUACAAACCCCUAGAAGGUUAAGACAUGAAGAAUUAAAAAGCAGAAUGCCUGAAGAAUGGGUAAUACCUGAUGGUAUUGAAGAGCUACAAAUACAAAACACUAGAAUAAGAGAAAUAAUAAGAGAAGGACCAGAUAUUAGAAUUAGGAUGAAUAGAUCUCAAUCAUUAAGAAUUUCUGAUAAUGUUGAAACUAUUAGUCAUAGAAAUUCUAUAGAUAACUCAUCAAUAGGAAAUAUGGAUAAUAUUGUAGGAAUUGACAACAGAAGGCCACAUAUAGCCACUACUGUAUACAAAUCACUUUCAGAAUUUGAUCCAAUGGAAUCACAAGUUUUAUCAGUAAUUAUUAAGGAAGAAUCAUUUGAGAUUGAUAAAGAAUGGAUAAGACAAGAUUUUAAUGCUGAUUAUAAUAAACCACUAAGAGAUUGGUAUUUUACCAACCAUUCAGAAAAUGAAGUUAUUAGACUAAGAGAACUAUUCUAUGAUUUUAUGAAAGAAAAUAGAAUUAGUUUAUACUUCUUUGAUUGGUAUGUUAAUUAUUACUCUAAAACCGAUAAGAAAUUAUGUCCUUUAACAAAACCAACUGUUGUUUGGAAAACAAGCUCAGGAUCAGUAAUAGAAUCUGAAUAUCCUCCUAAAGAAACUAUCAAAAUACCAAUUGGAAAAGACCUAGAAGUUGAAGCAACACCCUAUAAAGAUAGCAAUGUAGAAGGAAAUAUAGAAAAAAGAGAUAUUAAGAAAUUACAUCAACAAUUAAACUUUACUAAUACCAUGUUAGAUAUAAUGAAAAAUCAAUUAGGAAGAAUAGAAAAUAUGGAAAAAGUCAUUAAGGUAGAAAAACCUAUAGAAAAACCUAUAUAUAAGUUACAAAGUUUAGAUAAUAUUAGUUUAAAAUCUAAAGUAGAAGCAGAAGUUGAAGAACUAAAAGAAAAACUUAGAAGUAUUAGUCUAGGAAAAUUGACAAUUAAUACAUUGCAAAAGGAAGAAGAAUUAGAACUAAAUAAAAUAUCCCAUAAAAUAGAUUAUCCUAAAACAAGAAAUUAUUAUUCUAGACCAUCACCAGUAGAUGUAGGCCUAGAAGAGCGAACAAAAUUAGUGCAAAAUAGCUUUACAAGAUCAGACUUAGUAGAAUGGAAUAUAGAUGGAUUAAGUGAGUAAACCAUCUUAGAUCAAAUGUGUAAUAUGACUAUGGCUGCAACUGCUUAUAAAAUGAGGAAAGCCUCCGAUAAAGAAGCAGCAAUUAUGAUAACCCAAGAAUUUACAGGACAAUUAAAAGGUUGGUGGGAUAAUUUUCUCAGCAUUCAAGAAAAAGAAUUAAUUAUUAAUAGUAUUAAACAAGAAGUUCAGUCACCAGACGCUACAUCCACAUUAAUAUAUACCAUUAUUAAAAAUUUUGUAGGAGAUCCCAGUACUUUUAAAGAUAGGAUAGGAACUCAAUUAAUGAAUUUAAGAUAUCCAACCAUGUCUGAUUAUAGAUGGUAUAAAGAUGUCUUUAUGUCAAAAGUUAUGAUAAGAGAUGAUGCACAUGCACCUUUCUAGAAAGAAAGAUUCGUAGUAGCUUUACCAAAAUUAUUCUCUGAAAAAGUAUUACAAAAACUACAAACAUAGUUUGGGAUCCAGAUUCCCUAUAACUCAUUAACCUUUGAACAAUUGCAUAAUAUAAUAGUACAAACAGGUAUAAAAGUAUGCACAGAUACCAAGAUACAACAGAAAAUAAAACAAGAAAGUAUCACGGGAAAAAGAGAGCUUGGCACUUUCUGUUAUCAAUAUGGAAUAACUCCUGAAAAAGCACCUAGUGGACAGCAUAAAAUUAAAAAGAAAAAAUUUUAUAAAAAACCUAAAUAUAAUAUAGACAAACCCCUUUAUUAUGAACAGAAAUAUUAUAAAAAAUUCCAUAAAACUCUUAAAGGAAAACCUAAAUCUUCUAAUAAGAAAAAAUAAGUAACAUGUUGGAAAUGUAAAAAACAAGGACAUUAUGCUAAUAAGUCUACGACAGAAUAGAAAAUAAAGAGAUUAAACAUGCUUUGACAGCAAUAUUAAUCAAUUCAGAAUCAGAAGAAGAAUCAAUUUAUGAGGAUUCUUCUGAAACUGAAGACUAUUUUAUACAACAAUUAGACCUUAUGUCAGAAGAAGAAAGCUCAGAAGGAAAUAGUGGAAAAGAGGAACAGAAUAAUUGUUUAGGAAUAUGAUUAUGUAACUGUAGAAAUUGUGAAAAAACUGUAAAUGUUUUAAUUAGAGAACAAACCUCUACACUGGUCAAAAUAAUAGACAAGUUAGAAGAUACUCCAUUAAGAGAUGAGUUCAUAAGACAAUUAGCUGAAUUAGUUAAAAAAGAAGAAGAAAGUAAGCAAGAAAUAAGACCAAUAGAAAUAAAAGAAAUUUAUAAUCGUUUUAAAAACCCACAAGAAGUUUUCCUUAAUUCUCUCAAAGAGGAGAUAAAAAAGUUAAAAAGAGAAGUUUCAGAAUUAAAACAGACAAAAUAUCAAUAUGGACUAUAGAUUACUAAAAAUAGAAGGAGAAAAUAUAAUAAAAAUCCAAGAACAAAUUUUGCAAAAUAAUGUUAGAAAAACAGAGGAGAUUAGUAACAUAACAAUUCCCGAGAAUUAUAUUAACCUGGGUACAGAAAAUUAUAUAAAUAUACUAACUUUAUUAGUAAGCCAAAAGUGGUUCACUACGAUAAACUUAAUAGUGGGAGAAGAAAAAUUUGAUUUUAUAGCUAUGGUAGAUUCAGGAGCUGAUGUCAAUUGUAUAUAAGAAGGAUUAAUACCUACAAAAUAUUAUGAAAAAACUACAGAAAGAGUCCUAAUGGCAGAAAAUGAUAAAAUGACUAUAGACUAUAAGUUAUCUAAAGCAAAAAUUUGUAAAAAUAGAGUAUGCUUUGCCACUACAUUCUUUUUGGCAAGAAAUAUAUCUCAUCAAGUUAUAUUAGGAAAUCCUUUUACUUUAUUAUUAUAUCCCUUUAAUGUCGACAUCGAUGGAAUAACUUGUACACGAAUCCCCAAUCAUUCUGUCCAUUUUGAAUUUCUCACUAGACCAAAGCAACAUGAGCUCAAUAUGUUACAACACCUAUCUACACAAGUUAUUGUUAUGGAAACAGAAAUAAAACAAAUUAAUUGUUUGAGCUGAGAGAACAUUUUACAACACCUACCACUCCAAAUUAAUAUUAUAGAAAGAAAGACAAGACAAAUUAACUAUUUAAACCAGGAAGUUACAUAUAAAAGAAUAGAAGAACAAUUACAAACUCCAGAAAUACAAGAUAAAAUAAAAGCAAUUGAAGAAAAAAUUAAGAAAGAAUUAUGUAGUCUAAACCCUACAGCUUUUCAGCAUAGAAAAUUAUAUGAAAUAUCUUUACCAUAUGAAGAUGGGUUUAAUGAAAAAAAUAUACCAAUAAAGGCAAAACCAAUACAUAUGAACAAAGAGUAUCUAGAAUAUUGUAAAAAAGAAAUACAAGAAUAUCUGGAUAAGGGACUAAUAAGACCUUCAAAAUCACCCUGGAACUGUACAUGCUUCUAUGUGAUGAAAGCAUCUGAAAUAGAAAGAGGUGCUCCAAGGUUAGUUAUCAAUUAUAAACCUCUAAACAAGGUAUUAAAAUGGA